AAAUCCGUCCGUGUGGGAGCAACAACAAUCACAUCCAAGAUGGAGACCGUAAACGCCGGACAGAUGAUGAGCUUAGCGGCUCUACAGAGACAAGACCCGUACAUCAACAAGCUGCUCGACGUCACCGGACAGGUGGCUCUCUACAACUUCAACUCCAAAGCGAACGAAUGGGAGAAGACCGAAAUCGAGGGCACCCUGUUUGUUUAUGCGAGGUCUGCCUCGCCUCGCCAUGGCUUCACCAUCAUGAACCGGCUGAGCACAGAGAACCUGGUGGAGCCGAUCAACAAAGACCUGGAGUUCCAGCUGCAGGAUCCCUUCCUGCUCUAUAGGAACGGCAACUUGGGUAUCUACAGUAUUUGGUUCUAUGACAAGAGGGACUGUCAACGCAUCGCUCAGCUGAUGGUCAAGAUUGUGAAACUAGAGGCAGGCCACGCCCAAAGAGAAUCGCCAGAGAGGGUAGAGCCGGGGAGGACAAAUGGUGUCGCAGAACCACGACCCAUCGACAUCCUGGAACUGCUCAGCAAAGCCAAGGAGGAAUACCAGAGAGCUCAGGCAGGUGAAACAGACGUGUCUGCAGAGCCUAAUGUGAAAGCAGCUAUCAACGCCACAGAGCAUGCGCACAGCACACCAAAACCCGAAAAGAGCUCUCGUACAAUGGUGAAGCAGAUCACAGUCGAGGAGCUCUUUGGCUCGUCCCUCCCUAAGGACCCCUCUCUACCCAUGAUGCCCACACAGAACACCAUCACUGCUCCCAGUGACCCCUCCACUGCCUACCUCCAGAACCAGUCUUAUCCCACUCCAGCCCACCAAAACCCACUCUUUCCUCCCCAUCUCACGCCCCAAAACCCUGGGUCAAGUCAGCGGCACCCAGUCCCUGGCCUGCUCCCAGCUCCGUACCCGCUACACUCCACCCCUGUUUUCCAGUCAGUGGUCCCCAGGUCAGACCCCCAACCUCGAUGCUCCGUCUCCCCUCUCAUGGUGCUUCCAGCUGGCCCAGAGCCUCGUGCUGCUCCCCCUGGUCCUGCAGCACCAUCAGCAGUUCCUACGGCCUAUUUGGGACAAGAGAUACUCAGCUCCCUCAAAGCGGCGGUGCCAUCUGUGAAUUCGGACAUCCACAAACCCAUCCUCGCACCCAACUUCCUGCCAAGCACGCUGUUUCCCCCUCACAGCUUCCGGGAGCCCAUGGGGAAACCGCUUCUACAGCACAGCAAAGAGAUGGAUGUUUUCUCUCAGCCUCCAAACCUGAUCAAGCCGAUGUCUGCUGUCCCUAUGAGUCCAGGUCUUGCUGUUCCAGGGCCGCCGAUAUCUGUGCUUCUCUCCCCCAGCGCCUUCCAGCAGUCCAUGAGUAAGACAACAGCAGCAUCAUCGGUGGUCCCUCCUGCCCCCUCCGAGCCCUCCUGCUCCUCUGUAGGAGCUUUAGAGCCUCCACAAGCAGCCUGCAGCAAAACACAGCUACAGGAUACUCUGAUACACCUCAUUAAGAACGACCCAGACUUCCUCGGUGCCAUUCAUGAUGCUUACCUGCGGAGUCUGUCCAAGGACUUCAGCAACAUGAAGCUAUAGUCUCCUUCAACCAUCACCACUGUUACUUUCAGCGCUACGACCCCUUUGUGACCUUUGAAGAAUCCAGACCUUAAUGGGAGUUAAAAGAAGUGCAGAUAACAGGUUUUUGACACACUGUACACCACAACUCUUGAAAACUAGUCUGUGUUCUAAGGGUUAUUAUAGCAUGCAGCGUGCCAUUUUAACCCUCUGUUCCUGACACCGAACUUUGAGUUCUCACCUGAACACCGACGCUGUCCCGGCUACUCACGUUAUCUUGGAUCGACUUUUUGUCUGCUUUGUCAAAACUGAACUACGGUGGGAGAGGAGGACGAGAUAAAACGUCCCAGUGUGGCCUUGAGCUUUCAUUUCUACUUUAUAAACAUGAUAAAACAUUUGGCCACGAACUGGUAAAGAUUUGCUGUUGCUGGUUUAAUUCUCUUGAGGACGGGACCACAGCGGAGCUUCGGCGACCACAAAUCUUUUGCAGCUUGAACAUUAUUGGAAUCACUGACGCUGCUUCACUCGCUCAUCUCACGUCUUUGGACUUCUCCCAUUGCGAGAGUAUGGGAACAGUGAUAACACACUUACAGUUCAUUAAGAGAAAGAGACCUCUGUGAUCGGGACCACAGAACUGUUUUGGGGGUCUUUGCAGACGAACUGUUCCAUCUGUGUGGCAUUAAAAAGGACUGUUCGUUUUCCUUUUUUCACUUAUUGAACCUUCUCCCUCGAAGUAAUGCUGAGCCAUCACAGUUUUUGUAGCAGUUUAUCAGUGUGUCUUAAUAAGGAGGAGAUUGUUGAGGAUUUUUUUUUUUUUCAACCCUUGUCCAAGGAAGAUAAAAAAAACUUCUGUCGUUGUUUGGAGAAGCACUUGCAGCUCAAUCUAAGACUACGUUCCUCUCGGUUGCUUUUUUUAAUGUUGUGUUACAGACUGUCCAUAAAGACACAGAGACGAACGCACAAACCAGCUUCUUUGCUACCUUUUCCUUUCUCCGCGUUUCUCCCUACCCUUGCUCUUUCUCUUUCUUUGUCUUUCUCCUCGUCUGUGUCGUUCAUCUCUCCUCCACCAGCUGAGCUCAGUACUCGGAUGUUCUUGGAGGAGAACUUGCAGUAGACGACAGUCGCGAUGCCUUUAGGGAAAGCAGCAUUUUGGGAUACGUUAUGAUGGUACAGUAGAGCUAAAUAUAUCUGAACCUCUGGGUUCUGGUUCUGCGACGAUGUAUAAUUUAAAUAUCAUGAGGGGAAAGAAAACUUGAUUUUGGGUUAUUACAUUCACACCUUUAAUAUUAAAUUGCUUAAAAAUAGGGCUGCUUUUGAUAGCUUCAGUAUGUUUCAAACCAGUUGAGUUUAUACCAGUAAUUCAAACUAAUCAUGAAAAGUAGAAACUACUUCCAUUCAAGCUUCUAAAUGAAUUCUGCCAGGCCAGAGUUAAGUCACAAAGACUUAUAGAAAAACAAAUUGUGGUAACUUGUUGUUUAUUUGCAGUAACAGGCUACUGCAGCACUGAACCGUAAACCCUACAGACUGCAGUGGGAACAGGAAGAAGAUCUGUCUCCUCAUCGUGUGCAGUGCUGAGUGGCUAUUAAUGCUGAGAACUGAUCUAAUGUACAUCAGAAAAUCAGCUUUCAUAGAUUUAGGGGGGGAAAAUGAUGUGGCUCGUGGGCACUUUUGAAGACACAACAGAUUACUAAUAGGUUUUAUUUACCUGGUUGUCACAUCAUUUUCAGCACAUAGAAUACCAUUAAACCAGUAUAAAAAUAAUGUAAAAGCUGGAAAAUAUGAGUUGUGGGGUUUUUUAACGAAUGGUACAGUGAUGUUUUCAAGUAGUCAGCUCACACGUUACUGUUCAGAUGUCUACACUAUAGUUCUCGAAGCAAUUAAUACAUCAAGUCAUUCCAGAUGGAAACCUUUGUAGGAGACUUUUAUUAGGUUUUGCAAACAUUAAUUGCCGAGAUUAUGGCACUUUUUGAAAUGUAAUCAAUGUUUGGGAGUAACUGAUUGUGAUACCACUACAUUGCAUCAUAGUCCUGCUAUUUGAAUGUAUUUGAUAACUCGCAGUAUGUACAGUAUGUGCCAGUCUUGUUUUCUUCUGUGUCCUGCAUAGUUAAGUUGAACUCAGAUCCACAUGCUUUCAAUACCAUGUUUUUCUUUCCUGUUUUUAUUUUUGCAAAAUUAAGAUUUAUAAUGCAAAAAAGGACAUGUCCACUGCCAGCGAGGAAAUCAAAUAAUUUGUGCACUUCUUUGCCCUGUUAUAACUUUUCAUUUGAGAAGUAAUCUUGCCAACGCUUCUGGCGUGUGUUGGUUGAAUAAACGCAACACAGGAAGAAUGAUUGAAAUGUAGAGUUUUUUAAUCCCGGUCACAUAUUUAAGAUUUUAAGGUUAUUUUUACGCUUUGGUAUAAUUUAUCUUAUUGGCCAGAGAUAUGAUUUUGGAAAAAGUCUUUGCAAAUUAUAUUAAUUUUCCAAGAUUGUUGCCACUGUACAUAAUUUGGUUUAUUUUGACUAUUUUGUGAUAUUAAAGAAAUUGAAAUAGA